GUUUUGACUUUACAUUUGAAAUCAUUGCCUUUUCUCUGUUAUUGAGCGCCGAUUACACGUUUUAAUAUUUCUUCACAAAAUUCAUUCGAUAUUUAAUAUCAUAUUUAUAAAAGAAUAAGAUAAAUAUAAAUAAAACACAAUGUCCGGAAAAGGCAAUAAAGCAUUUACUAAAGAAGAAGAACUGCUGCUACAGGACUUCAGUAGAAACGUAUCUACAAAAUCAUCAGCCUUAUUUUAUGGAAACGCUUUCAUCGUUUCCGCGAUUCCUAUUUGGCUUUUCUGGAGAGUACAUGCCUUGGAAGUGAACACAUCAUUAGCAUGGUUUGUGUUUGUGACUGCCAUAAGUACAUGGCUCCUAGCCCUCGCUUACCGCAACACCAAGUUCCAACUCAAACACCGCGUAGCUGUCCGCAGAGAGGAUGCUGUUGCUCGUGAAAUGUCAAGGAAACUGGCUGAUGACAAAAAAAUGAGCAGAAAAGAGAAAGAUGAAAGAAUUCUAUGGAAGAAGAAUGAGGUAGCUGACUAUGAAGCCACAACUUUCUCAAUCUUCUACAACAAUGCUCUCUUUCUGACCAUUGUGAUCCUGAGCAGUUUCUAUUUACUGCGCUCCUUCACACCAACUGUAAAUUACAUUGUGUCACUCACAGUUGCAUCAGGACUUCUUGCUCUUCUGUCAACGGGAACGAAAUGAAUUUAAUUAGAACAUAGUGCAGUGUGUGUGAAGAGUGAUUAGUAACAAUAUUGUCAUCAAAUCAAAGGUCUAAGUUAUAUGAAGUGCUCUUUUGUUGCUGAAAUUAUUUAAGAAAUUUUUUAUUAAAUAAGAGAAUAAAACACAUUUUAAAUA